CCGAAACGCCAUCUACUGAUACUGCUCCAAUAGCUUCGCCCGAUUAUAUUCUCUUCCUUAGAAUCUCCAAUUUGUCUGGUCGAACAGCUCUCUAGGGUUUCGUCUUAUUUGGGGUUUUAACCAGACAAAAAGAGUUUGAUCUUAGGGUGCGAUUUGUGAGUUUCAGUUCCUGGGCUAUAUCCGCAAGGGUUUUUGCUUGAAUGGGUUUCUUUUUUUCUUUUUUUCUUUUUUUUUUGAAUUUCUAAGGUUUAUGUUCUUCUGAGUCUAAGUCGGCGCUAUUACCAGAGACAACAAAUACAAAGACAGUGAUGAAUGUUUUCAGUUUGAGCCCACCUUCUAAAAAUUCGAGAUCUUCAUCUUCACCAAGAGCCAUGGCGAGGGGAGUCUCUCGUUACCCAGGAGCGAAAGCUCCUCUGCGGAGGGAAGUUCAUGCGCCAUCACGAGUCACCAAAUUUGGGUUGUCUUCCCGCACAAGUCAGCGACACAGAGGAAGUGAUUCUUCGUGUAGCACAAGACAGGAAUCCGGUAAUGAUUUUGGGGAAAUUUUCCUUAGGAAUUACGAUGACGCCAAGCUAAAAGCCCUUAGUGCGCUUAGCUACUUGAGGAAGGAUAAAGACGUGGUUGAUGUUGAUAAUGAGCCUGACAACGUGGUCGUGAUUUCUGAGGAUGAUGAAAUUAUGGAGAUUGAAGUGAUUGAUAACGGGGUUGUGACAGUGAACGAAAUGGAAGAGAAUGUGGCGGUGGAAGAAGGAGAUUCGGCAAUGGAGGUCAAGAAAAUGGAUGAAGGGAACGUGGGAGUUGAUUCGCCAUCUAAUAUGUGGAGCUCACUUGUCUUGAACCGUUCCAUGGCCAAUGUUUCGAGUUUCGAAACUUACAGGAAGUUUCUGGGGAGUGCCAAGAACCGGACUUCUAGACUUAAAGAUUUAGGCUUUACAUAUCUUCUGAAAGAAAGGUGUCUGACUUUGUUGAAAGGGUUGCUUCCUUUAUGGAAGCAAGCUGAAGAAACUGUAAAGGAGGUACCUCGUGAACCAUUUACACCUCUUUCCAAAGAAGAAGAGAAUGUAGUUAAGCGUGCUCUCUCAGCUAAUAGUUGGGAUGUCCUGGUUAGUCAUAAGAAAUCAAAUAUUGACAUUACAGGACAAAAUCUGAGGUGCCUUAGGCCAGGUCAAUGGUUGAAUGACGAGGUCGUUAAUAUUUACCUUGUGUUGCUGAAAGAAAGGGAAGCUAGAGAACCGAAGAAGUUUCUGAAAUGUCAUUUUUUCAAUACAUUUUUCUACACGAAGUUGGCUAGUUCAGAGGCCGGAUAUAACUAUAACGCCGUCAGGAGAUGGACUUCGUUGAAGAGGUUGGGAUACCGACUCAUUGACUGUGACAAGAUAUUUGUCCCUAUCCAUAUGAGCAUCCAUUGGACUUUGGCUGUUAUUAAUAGAAGAGAUAAAAAAUUCCAGUAUCUCGACUCAUUCAAAGGAAGAGAGCCAAGAGUCCUCGAUACACUGGCUAGAUACUUUGUUGAUGAGGUUAGGGACAAGAGUGGAGAAGACAUCGAUGUGAGUUCUUGGAAACAAGAAUUUGUCCAAGACCUUCCCCUGCAGAAGAACGGGCACGAUUGUGGAAUGUUUAUGCUGAAAUACAUCGACUUCUACAGCAGAGGUCUCGAUCUUUGUUUUGGUCAGGAACACAUGCCCUGUUUUCGGGUUAGGACAGCAAAGGAGAUUCUGCAGCUGAAAGCUGAUUGAUAAUCUAUCUUCUAAAGCAGAGUUUCACUGCCAGAGGGGCAGAUGGUUUUCAAGCCUCUUUGUGUACAUACACAACAGAAUGAGGAUAUGCAGAUGAACACAGGCGAAGCUUUUUCGGUGUACAAACAAUGUUCAUCAUGACAUGUCUGAAUUGAAACGGUGUUAACAGUGAAGCAAGAUGCCGUCUUCAUGUGCUUUGCAGGUUUUAGGACAGUGAAGGAGAUUCUGCAACCGAAAGCAGAUUGAGUUCUUCCCCUUGUAAACAGAGCUUCAGAAGCAGAGGGGAACAGAUAGGUUGAAGCCAAACUGAUGGCUUUGUUCUGCGCGAACACUGGUAAAAGACUGCCAUAUAAUUUAUACAAAAUGUGUGCAUGUGUGUGUGUGCGUGUGUAUACAUAUAUAUGAUUUUUUGCUAUCUAGAUUUGCAAAAAAUACGCAACAAUCCAUGUUGCAAUUCAAUUUUUGCUUAUAUUGAAGAAUUCAAACGACAAUCAAAUCAAAUUACUUCCUUGCUAUGGGGAAUCGAAACAAUUUCUUUCC